GGGGCGAGGGCCAAGCAGCAGGUACCGAAGGAGGAGACUGCGGUUCGCCGGCCCAGACGGAGCCUCAGCAAGUCUCCUGCUCCAUUCAUAACGAGCAAAUGCGCCGCAGCCGGCGCUGGCGUGAUGGAGACGGGCCAAGAAAGGGCUGGUGGAGGCUGGGGGGCUGGGGUAGUCGGAGGAGGAGGAGGAGGAUGUGAAAAUCUGGACUGUAGCCCUCCCAGCCCCAGAUACCGCAUUGGCCUGUCUAAGAAAUCCCCUACAGUAUUGUUGCUGCCGCCACCGCUCACGGACGUGGACAGCAGUAAAAUCACUGACCCUCCAGGCACCAUUAGGAAAACGACCAAUAAUCAUAUUCUCAGCGGUGCUGCUGGUAGCUAUAAUGUUGAAUCCAGGAUCUGUUCAGCUACUAAUAGCCUUCCCCCGGGUGGAACCACCUCCUCCCUGAAACUCAACCACUCCAAUCAUACGGGUUCAAAUCAUACCUACCUGAAAAACACCUACAAGAAGAAUCUAUCAGAGCCCGAGGAGGAGCUUCUCCAACAGUUCAAAAGAGAGGAGGUAUCCACCACUGGAGGCUUCAGUGCACAUUACCUGUCCAUGUUCCUCUUAACUGCUGCAUGCUUGUUCUUUCUGAUACUGGGAUUCACAUACCUGAGAAUGAGAGGUUCUGGAGUAGCUGAGGAUGUGGGAGCCAACAUCAAGAAUCCCUUCAGUGAAGAACUAAAAAUAGAAGAAGAUGAAAUAAGUCUCAUGAUGAACAGCUUAUAUGCACUUCAUGAUAAAUUGGCACAAGUAGCAGGGGAACAUGAAUGUGGCAGCUCUAUUCAAAGAAAUCUUACCGUCCAGGAGGCAGCUGCAUAUUUAAAAGAUUUAGAUCCAGAAUAUGAAAGUGUACUUAACACAGCAUUACAAUGGAUCUUGAAUAGUGGGGAAGAUGUUGGCAUAAAGUGUCUCAGCAAUGACCCUAAUGAGAUGGAUGUCACUAAUGUGACAGAUGUGAAGUAUCUGGAAUCCACUAGCCCAAAGAUGUCUUUCAGGUGUCGUUUUCGCCGUGCGUUUGUUAAUGUAACUCACAGAUUAUCAAUAUUGCUUUUGGGUAUAGCAAUGGUUUGGGGAGUCUUGCACUACAUGAAAUAUCGUUGGGCAAAAGAGGAAGAAGAAACAAGGCAGAUGUACGAUAUGGUGGUAAAAAUCAUAGAUGUUCUAAGAAGUCACAGCGAGGCAUGUUCUGAAAAUAAAGACUUGCAGCCUUACAUGCCUGUUUUACACGUGCGUGAUUCUUUAAUACCACCUCAGGACAGGAGGAAAAUGAGGAAAGUCUGGAAUAGAGCAGUUGACUUUCUUGCAGCAAAUGAAUCUAGAGUUCGCACAGAGACACGAAGAAUAGGUGGUGCUGAGUUACUGGUUUGGAAAUGGAUGCAACCUUCUGCAGCAUGUGACAAAAUUUUAGUAAUACCAUCGAAAGUGUGGCAAGGCCAAGCGUUUCAUCUAGACAGAAGAAAUUCACCACCGAACAGCUUGACACCAUGUCUAAAGAUCCGCAAUAUGUUUGAUCCAGUUAUGGAAAUAGGUGAUCACUGGCAUCUAGCAAUUCAAGAAGCCAUCUUGGAGAAAUGCAGUGAUAACGAUGGAAUUGUUCAUAUUGCUGUUGACAAAAAUUCACGUGAGGGUUGUGUAUAUGUCAAGUGUCUCUCUCCAGAGUAUGCUGGAAAGGCUUUCAAGGCAUUACAUGGCUCUUGGUUUGACGGAAAGCUGGUAACGGUAAAAUACCUGCGACUAGAUCGGUAUCAUCAUCGUUUUCCCCAGGCUCUUACUUGUAACACUCCACUGAAGCCAUCAAACAAACACAUGAACUCUAUGUCACAUCUGCGUCUUCGGACAGGCACAACUAAUUCUCAGGGAAGCUCCUGAGAAGACUUUCUACAACUGCUAGGACUGUUACUUGCAACAGGAAUUUUCCUGUUUGGCUGCCGUCUUCCUUUUUUAGUGCUUUUUGUAUGUAAUACUUUAAUUAAAUAAAAGUUUGAACGUUCCAGAAAUCUUGUUUCCAAAGGGACUUAGCAAUGAGGCAGUAAUACUGAGCUGACAAAAAA